CAUAAGUGGGAAAAUACAAAAAGUGAGGGAUUAUAUAAGUGCCUGACGAGCCUGAUAUCCGAUUCAUCUUUGUUGAUUCCUUCUCACAUUUAGGGGCGUCAUCUCAAGCACUAGGUGCCAAGUGACACACGAGUCAUCAUGUCGGAACCUAUACUUGCCCAAGGGCGGCAUCAUAGGAAUCCAAUAGUUUCGAUUGUCAAUUCUAGUCAGCCUUCGUUAUUGAACAACAUUUUCCCAUGGCCAAAGCCUGGAAGAACCGACCUUCAGGCUCCUUCAAUAAGGCUGACGGGGAACGAUGCCAACUUAGGGUCUUCCUCCCAGGUCACGACACCGAACCAGACAUACAUGGAUUUUCUACCUUCCAGAAGAAAGAUAUCGCGUCAGGAUAUAACCAUUGGCGAGGAGACAAUUAAUAAACUAAAUCCGGUCCGGCGUUUUAUCGAAACACUGCUGCUAGUUGAAUUGAACCGACGUCAUGCUAAAAGACGAAAACCCUAUAAGCCCAUCUCUACCCGCCUUGCCAUGAUGGGAACUUCGACAGUUGACGCGCAAUUGCAUAUUCUCAUAUUCUGUCUGCGCGAGCUGAAGAGAGAAGUUAGACGUCUUGUCAAAAAAGAGGACAUCCUGCAUCUUUAUACUCCUAAUAGCAGCAUACCAAAUUUCGAAAUCACCGUCCUCGGAUUCGAACCCCGUUUGUGCUCAUCGCUUAUCGAAGUUGUAACUUCGCUCUCGGAGAUCACUAGGAUCGCACCGUGGCCCAUUCAUGGCCUUCCAAUUUCCUUCCGUGGACUUAAUUAUGGGCAGCGAUAUGCAACAUUUGGUGGCGUUAUCAUGAUAAUAACUGAGAAUGAUGAUGUAGAGUUUUUUGGGAUGACCGCGGGCCACAUGCUUCAUGAGGAUGGCUAUAACCUAUCCACAGCCGGUUCUGAUACUACAAUCCUAGAAAACGACAGAUCAACCGCACAGCCGUCUUACCUGGGCGACGGAAUAGUGGAUAUUGAUAUUACCCAAGGAUACGAACCAGGGGAAGAAGCAGACUAUGGAGAUUCCGACGACGAGUAUGAGAUCGACUCAUCUAGUGUGGAUGCUUACGAGGAACCGCAAUCUUUCUUCGAAAACGUUGAAAAUAUUGUUACACUAGGCCAGGUGGUCGACCCCCCUCAAAAUGGCCAAGUCUAUAAUAUUCGGAAACAUGAUGAUUGGGAUUGGGCCCUAUUCCGAUAUACACCAUUAGACAAAGAGGAUUUGCGGCCCAAAAACGAGGGUUCGCAGCCCAGAGCGGAUCCUCUAAGAGUAUCUCCACAGCGACCCGGAUAUACCGGCGAGAAGCGUGUUGUUGUAUUCACCGGUACUUCAGGCCGCAGGGAGGGACAUAUAUUGGCGGAAUCUGGUCGAAUACUACUUGGAGUGGGGAGACAUUUUGUUGAGACCUUCAUGGUCACUUUAUCGGGAUCCCCAGGCAUACGUAAUGGAGACUCUGGCUCAUGGGUUGUCGAUACCGAAUCGUCCAUCGUGUACGGACAACUCGUCGCUGUAGACGCGCUUGGUGACGGCUACGUUAUUCCUAUGUCAGACAUACUUAACGACAUGAAGCUUCAAUUUGGAGCUAAGUAUGUGGGAUUUCCACGUUCCCUUGAUUAUAUCGCACCUUUCAAUAAGAGGUCAUAUAAAGAAAAUGAGGGCCACCCAUCGAACCACUUACUAGAUACUCCUGUUAUCAUCUCACAGGCUGGCUGCCACGUCGCAGAGCAUGAGGUAGGAAAACAACGUCGUUAUUCCACAUGGAACUCUAACUAUAGUGGCUUUGAAACCAAUGCUACCUUAUAUGGUAUUGAUGGUAAGACAGUGUCAGGAGGCUCACUUGAGACUCCUUGGAACAAACGAGUUGUUCUGUAUGAUACAGCGACAUCACCAGUAUUACAUUCAGGGAAAUCGCCAUACAUUAAAGAGGCGCCGUUGGACCGUUCAAUAGCAUGGUCAGUAUCCCAAAGUAAAGACACGUCGCAGUCACACCCCUCAGAGGCAUCCAAAGGAGUCGUUAGCUCGGCACGACCAAGUACAGGUAAUAACCACCAGAGCAUCCCGUGAUCCCGUCUAUACAGAUCAGCAUAUUUCUUUCGAACAAGGAGAAUACAGAGUUGCCAGGUAAAAGAACUGUCGGAGAUACGUGGGGAUACAUGGAUAUACUGGCUGGAUCGGGGGUCCACUGGCUUCCUAUAUAAUGGGUAGCUAGCUCGCUCGUAAGGGGAAAGAAGGCCAGGCGUUGUUAGAUCAAUCCAAUAUGUUAUAAGUAUGACCAUGACACCCACUCCAUUUACGACGCCUGUCAAGGGC